AAACACAACCCCACAUACAAAAACCAAUUCAGUACGACACAAAACACUGAAUUCUGAAACAAGAAGAAGAGGAGAGAGAAACCAGAGAGAGUAAUAAGGUAGAAAAAUGGGGUUAGCCUCAUUGACAUCGCGAGCGAUUCUUCGACACCGAGGUUCGAUCCUCCAUAGAUCACCUCACAACCACAAUUUCUCUCUCAUCCGACCAAUUGUCUCAACCCCUGAGCUCAAAAACCCUGAAUCUGCCGCCGCAGAAGCAACCCCAGAUCCUCCUCCUCCUUCUCCUCGUCCCCCUGUCAACAAUGCUAGGGUUCAUUUCCCUAAUCCCGAGGACGCCAUUGAAGUCUUUGUCGAUGGAUAUUCUGUCAAAGUACCUAAGGGAUUUACUGUUCUUCAGGCGUGUGAGGUUGCCGGGAUCGAUAUUCCUAGAUUCUGCUACCACAGCCGCCUUUCGAUUGCUGGUAAUUGCCGUAUGUGCUUGGUUGAGGUCGAGAAGUCUCCCAAGCCUGUCGCUUCUUGCGCUAUGCCUGCUCUCCCUGGAAUGAAGAUAAAAACAGAUACACCGUUAGCCAAGAAAGCUCGGGAGGGAGUAAUGGAGUUUUUGCUUAUGAAUCAUCCUCUAGAUUGUCCAAUUUGUGAUCAGGGUGGAGAGUGUGAUCUCCAAGAUCAGUCUAUGGCAUUUGGUUCUGAUAGGGGCCGCUUCACUGAAAUGAAAAGAUCUGUGGUUGAUAAGAACUUAGGCCCCCUUGUCAAAACUGUGAUGACUCGGUGUAUUCAGUGCACGAGGUGUGUCAGGUUUGCGAGUGAGGUAGCGGGAGUUGAGGAUCUUGGCAUGUUAGGUCGUGGUAGCGGUGAAGAAAUUGGGACCUAUGUUGAAAAGCUUAUGACUAGUGAGCUGUCCGGCAAUGUGAUUGAUAUUUGCCCAGUUGGAGCCCUUACUUCAAAACCUUUUGCAUUUAAGGCCCGAAAUUGGGAGUUGAAGGGAACUGAGAGCAUUGAUAUCACUGAUGCAGUUGGGUCAAACAUACGAAUUGAUAGUAGAGGACCGGAGGUGAUGCGUAUCACUCCACGACUCAAUGAGGACGUAAAUGAAGAGUGGAUUUCAGAUAAAACAAGAUUUUGCUAUGACGGUCUAAAGAGGCAAAGGUUAAAUGACCCCAUGAUUCGUGGGUCUGAUGGACGUUUUAAAGCUGUCAGCUGGCGUGAUGCCCUUGAUGUGAUUGCUGAGGUUAUGCACAAGGUUAAACCAGAAGAAAUUGUGGGUGUUGCUGGUAAACUGUCGGAUGCGGAGUCCAUGAUGGCACUGAAGGAUUUCUUGAACAGGAUGGGAUCAAACAAUAUCUGGUGUGAAGGAAAUGGUGGGCAACCACAAGCUGAUCUGCGCUCAGGAUAUCUUUUAAAUACUGGCAUAGCUGAUCUUGAGAAAGCAGAUGUCUUUCUUCUCAUUGGCACCCAGCCAAGAGUUGAAGCUGCCAUGGUAAAUGCCAGAAUUCGGAAAGCAGCAGGGGCAAACCAUGCCAAAGUUGGCUAUAUUGGACCUGCUGCAGAGUUCAACUAUGACUAUGAACAUCUUGGAACUAGUCCACAAACGCUGCUCGAAAUUGCUGAAGGCCGCCACUCAUUUUUUUCAGCUAUAAAGAAUGCUAAGAAUCCAGCUAUUAUAGUUGGUGCUGGGCUCUUUGAGAGAGAGGACAAAGAUGCUAUCCUCUCUUCUGUUGAAACCAUUGCAAAGUCGGCAAAUGUCAUUAGACCAGACUGGAAUGGUCUCAAUGUGUUGCUUUUGAAUGCUGCCCAAGCUGCUGCCCUGGACCUUGGUCUUGUGCCAGAGUCUGAAAAAAGUAUUGAAUCUGCAAAGUUUCUGUAUCUGAUGGGUGCAGAUGAUGUCAACUUGGACAAUGUCCCUAGUGAUGCCUUUGUUGUAUAUCAGGGUCAUCAUGGUGAUCAGAGUGUAUAUCGUGCUAAUGUCAUUUUGCCUGCAUCGGCUUUCACUGAGAAGGAAGCUACAUAUGCAAAUACAGAAGGACGUACUCAGCAGACUGUACCAGCAGUUCCCACUGUAGGUGAUGCCAGAGAUGACUGGAAAAUAAUCAGGGCGUUGUCCGAAUCGGCUGGUGUGAGGCUGCCUUAUGAUUCCGUUAUUGAUAUCCGAGAACGGAUGAGGACUGUGGCCCCAAAUUUGCUGAGCAUAGAUGAACGAGAGCCAGCUACUUUUUCUGUGUUGAUAAAGCCUGAGCUUAAGAAGGAAAUGAAUCCAGCUCCAUUCAAGUCAGCAAUUGAAAAUUUCUAUAUGACUGAUGCAAUUACCCGGGCAUCCAAGAUUAUGGCUCAGUGCUCUUCUCAGCUGUUGAAGAAGUGAACAUCUUUGUGAUUUUUGCAAUAAGUUUGGCAGGGUUAAUUUUCUUUUGUGCCCUGUAUUUUUGAUAGCUGGACUGUCGUGAUGAAAUUUAUUAUAAAUGACAACAUUUUGGCAUUUAGUUUGUAAUUUCUGUAAUUUACCCUUACUAAGCAGGUUGUUGUCAGCUGCUAACAAUCCUCAUUAGCUGUUGUAUUUUUUCAAUGAUAUUUUAAAUUUGCGCUAAAGCUUAAAAAUAAGGUCCAUUUUCUGUUCA